CAUUAACUAACGAAAUCGGGUGGUUACGUAGUUGAUGGACUAACUAACCGAUUAAAUUGGAAUUAAUCGGUACCAUGAUUUUAGUUUGCCAACGAAUUGGUAGAUAAAGUUUAUUUUAGUUUUAUAGGAAUGGUACCCGAUUUAAUUCAGUAAUAAAUAGCUCGAUCAAGUUGACCUAUGUUAUGAGUUGUUUUUUUACCAGACUUCGUUUGGUUCAGUUUAGUAAACAAAUGCUGCCUUAGUUAGCGUCCAACCAGUAAGAGCGGUAAAUUAUUUUAGAAUUAAUUUAGAUAAAAUCGACAGAUUAAAAACGUUGAAAUUUAAUUAAAGGUACCAUAAUAAUGACGAGUAGGUGGACAACGCGGCGUAAUGAGAUUAAAAAGAGAAGAUAUGAGGAGAUUGAUGAAAUUUUUCAAAAACAUCUCAUCGACGUUCAGUCUAAUGUGGACCAGACUGAGACGGGAUGCGUAAAUGAUCCAGUAAGCGAUGCAGAAAGCGGAAACGACAAGGGCCAUACAAUAUACGAAAAUCUCGAAGGAGGACACGAGGCAUUUCCGGAGCAGGAACCGGAGCAGGAAUCCGAUGUAGAUGAACCCUCUGGAGCUAAGUCUACUGUGCCACUGAAGUACCGUUUGGCCCAGUUCGUGUCUGAGUUCCGGCUGAGCGUUGAGGCCACCGCGGCCUUGCUGAACAUACUGAGAGAUGAAGGCCUCGAUGUACCCAAAUGUCGAGUAACGUUACUGGAGACACCAAAAAUAUCAAUAAUUCCAAAGCGAGAAUCACCCGGGGAAUAUAUCCACUUCGGAAUCCAGCGCAGCCUUGAAGGCCUUGCCAAAGACCGGAAGAUUGCAUCGAUGAUGGAAAUAAGACUGGACGUGAACAUCGAUGGCCUGCCCAUAGCCAAGAACGGAAGAUGUGUAUGGCCCAUCCUGGCUGCGUUUCCUUGGGCUCGGGAAAUUUCGCCGUUUGUGAUUGGAUGCUACACAGGGUUGAAGGAACCGGCUAACUUCGAUAGCUAUUUGAUGGAUUUUGUAACGGAAGUAAACGAGCUGACCCAGAACGGCAUCGUGUUGAAGCGAGGCGAAGUUACUGAAAGAUUGAAAUUCAGUAUCCGGCUGUUUAUUUGCGACCGCCCAGCGACCAGUAAAAUAUGUGGUGUUGUGUCUCAUGUUAGUAAGAACGGUUGCCCAAAUUGCGUGCAGGUUGGUCGACGAAUCAACAACGUAACCGUUUACUCCUCGUUGGUAGGUACGCCACGGGAUGACAAUUCAUUCCGAAGCCGUUUGGACCCAGAACACCACAAGGUGCAGACGAUGAGUGGUAUAGAAAGAAUCGUGGGAUUGGACAUGGUGAGACAGGUAGGCGUCGAUCCAAUGCAUACCUGUCACCUUGGAGUUACAAAGAAGAUUCUAGAGGGCAUGCUGGGAAAGGUAAAAAAGGCCGGAUACCUUGGCGCGAGGCUAUCCAAAGCAAACCGCCAAAAAGCUGCAUCUUACUAUUCAAGUCUGGCCCCAUUCAUUCCUACGGACUUUGCUCGACACCCUCGAUCUUUUGAGGAACUAUCUAAUUUCAAGGCAACGGAGUUCCGUCUUUUCGAUUCUUAUCUCGGAGUUCUGGUGACAAAAAAGUUCUUUUCUCAACAACUUCACGAUCAUUUCUUGCUUUAUUUCUGUGCCAUGCGACUUCUAUCAAUGAAGGACACUCCGAGCGACAAAAUCGAGUUGGCCCAAGAUCUACUCGGCGAAUUCGUCCAGCAGUUUCAAGGGUAUUAUGGCGUACACAGUCUUACGCACAACGUACACAUGUUGCUCCAUUUGGCGCAAUACGUUGAACUGUAUGGAAAUCUUCCAUCUAUUACCGCGUUUCGUUUCGAAAACUUUAUGCAACAGAUCAAAAGUUUUCUGACUAAAAAGAAACAUCAAAUUCUACAACAGCUACAUAACCGCCUUGCUGAACAGGAAGUUCUAGCGAAGAAAAAUGUGAACGUGCAAAUUACAGAAAAGUUUAAAUUAAAGAAAAACUUGCUGGGUUGUGGAUUUGCUUACCGCACGUGCAGUUUUGACGAUCAGACGGUAAUUAGCGCAAAUGGCAGGGAUGAUUGUGUACUGAUCGGAGGAACGCCAGCUAAAGUGCUUGGAUUCGCUGAGAUAAACGGUACAAAAGGUGCCAUUGUACAAGAGUUUUCCAACUUACAACCUCUUUUUGUAAAACCCAUUAAUUCCAGUGAAAUCGGCCUUUGGAUUACUUCAAACAUCAAUGACGAAAUUAUAUUUGUUGAGCUAAACUCAGGUUUAAUUAAAGCGAUAAAAAUUCCUUUUGAAUCUGCCUACAUAAUAAUUACAAUGUUACACACCGGUUACGAUUAAUAAAAUUAAAAAUGUAAAACUUUGAUUUUGUUUUUAUUUCCUACGGCUUCAACCAUUUCAAUUAUUUCUCUUAGUUUUUAUAGUGUCUGCGACCUUUACAAAAGUUUAGCUACUUUCCAGGGAUGUCAGUUGGCGAAACAGAUUUGUCAAACAAAUACAGCAUUUCAAAACAAACUUUCUGGCAUCCCUGUAACUGUCACUUUGUUCGUUCUUUCUUCUCGCACAGUUCGACCGGCAAGACGUUUGCUGACGUGCUCCUUCGAAUAAAAUGGCCGACAUGGCAAAGUUUUUGCAAAAGCAGUUUGGCGAGAUGAAGGCCCAACUGGACAAAGUUCACAGGGAGCUCAUUGAAGUGACGGCCCACGAGCGCACCACCAGGGAGGUCAUGGCCACGCUGAAGUCAGACCUGACGGAGGUCAAGUCGAUCCUGCACAACAUGAAAAAUGUUCCGGCACAAAGAACCUUCCCGUUGCGGGACAUGUCGGCGGUCGAGACUUUGUGCCGGAAAUUUGCUGAUGGGAAACUGGUAAAUGAUAUCAAGGCGGAGAUCAAUUACAUCUUCAAAAAUGCAUCGAAGGAAAAUUUUAUCCAGGACUUCCUCUCAGAUGAGGUUACAUGCUUGUACAAACAGGCAGACGACAUCAGAAAGUUGAACUUUAUGAAACACAUAAUAAACGAUAUUACAUUCACACCGAAGACCAACUUCACGAACAUGGUGAACCUCGCCAAGGCCAGGAUUUACUCUGCACGUAAUCGCCAAAACAAAAAGCUGGAGGAGUCAGCCGCCGUGCCACCCGUGGUUCCCGCGCUGCUCGCGAAACCCGUGCAGCGUACGACGCCUGCGAAGCUCACGAAGCCGGCGACGCCUGCAAAGCUCACGAAGCCGGCGACGCCUGCGAAGCUCACGAAGCCGGCGCCGUCCGCGAAACUCGCGCCGCCCGCAAAGAGAGCGCGUCAGGAAACUGUUGAGGAGGAAGAAUGCGACGAAGAGAUAGAAGAAGAAGAGGAGCCGGAAGAGUAUGAUGACGAGAUUGAAGGCGACGAUGGCGAGCUGGAGUCGCCGGAAUUUUCACCGGUGAAAGGUGCUCAGUGAUUUUUACUUGUUUGAACUCUCGUUUUAAGUUUUGUUAACGUCUAAUCUUUGUUAACGUCGCUCAAAUAAACGAUGAACUGUUUAUAUCCUAUUUUAUUUGAAUCAUCCGAUUAAUAUAUAUAUUUAGUAGGUUUACGUCAGAAAACGAAACUCGAUCUCGUAUCUCGAUUAAUUGACCGAUUUCGUUGGGUUCAGAAGAAAAAAAAACAAAAUGUAUCGACAAAUUAACCGACUUAAUAUAAUACCAUCAGCCAAUUUAAUUUGGUUUCGACAGAAUCUCUUCUUAGUUUGUUAAUUAAUUAAACGAUUUUAUUUGUUUGCGUAGGCCAAUUUUAUUUGUUUUCGUUAAUAGCAGUGACUAAGAUAGAUGACCAAUCAACCAAUUUCGUUGGGUUUAGUCGGCCGAUUCUGAACCUCGACUAGUCGGAUAACGUCUGUGUUAAGUUUCCAUAAGAGUUGGGUGCACCAUUGACCGAUUCUUCAGCCAACUUCGUCGGUUGAUUCAACCGACUAAAACCAACUUAGUUUUGGGAACAGUAGGGUGUUUUUUUUA